GUCUCGAUGACGUUUUCCUGCUACCUGAUCAUGUUGGCAACCACUGAGCGCUACCUCAUCACUCAACGGUCCAAGUGUCUGAAGCGAUUCCGCAGAAAUCGUGGUUUCAUGGCCUUCGUCAUGUUUCUGAUUUCACUUCUACUUCGAGGAACCCUUAUGUUUGAAAUUCAGUUGGAUAAAAACGGCGACUGUACGGGUAUCUCAGAGUACGUCCCAGGUUUGACGGAAAUCGUGCACACAAUGUGGUAUGGCACCGUGUUUCGUUUUUACAUCAGGAACAUCAUGACUGUGUUCUUGCCGUUCUUUCUACUCGCCUACCUCAACUACCGUAUCGUGAGAACACUGCGGAAGCAACAUCGAACGGCGAAACUGUUCCGAAUAGCGAGCGAUCACAAGAGGAAGAUUCGAUCAGCAACAAGGCUUCUGGUUUUGAUCGUGUGUUCGUACCUAAUCGCUAACGUCUUGAACGUGCUCAUCACCCUAUGGGAGUAUAUUGCAUUCCAAUCCACGCAAACACAGGAAGCAUACGUGAUUUACGAGUUCUGCACGGACGUGAUUUCAGUCUUGUACGUGCUAGUAUGCGCUACGAGGUUGUUCGUCUACAUCACCUGCAACGCGGCAAGUACUUUUUUGCAACGUAUUCUGACAGCUUCCCAAGUUUAA